GAAAGAAGAGGGGGUAGGUAGUGGGUAGUGUAGGGUGCGAUGAAAGUGCUUCAGAUGAACCACAAUCCACAUGCAUACAAUUUCCAUCAAGCAGGUGCUGUUUUCUCUUGCCCUUGAAGAUGCAACCCCCGCCUCCGCGCUCCGAGGCGCUCUCCCCGGGCCUUCCUACCUCCCUUCCUCUCUGGUACUUCGCGCACGAAAGCACACUCCGAUCCGUAACAGAUCACUGCGUACAAUACAUAUUUACAACAAGAAUUCACGGGCGAAGGCAAACGCACUGCUAAGCAGGCGGGAAGCAAAGAUCAAACAAGCUCAAUGGAUGGUCAUGAUGUGUUCUGUGGCAUGAUCGUUCAUGGUCAUGGUCAUGGUCAUGGUCAUGUUCAUAUUUAUAUUCAUGAGAAGGAGAGGGAAAUGGGGGUGAUGACUAUGUAUGUAUAUGACAGAUAUAGGGUACGGAUAUGGCCAUUGCAGUGUGACGGUGGGACUGGGGAGGGUUUGGAGGGAUGAUUUUGCGUAGUAGCUGGAUAGGAUAG